UGCCUCUGACAAUGGAGUCUCCGCAAACCAUGUCCACCCACAUCAGCAACAGCACAGCAGCAUAACUUCGAGACGGCUUACCAAGAUGCCUAUGUUGUCUCUUAGGUGAACUGGCUUAGUUUCCUGCCAUGCUUUGAGCAAACCUUCCCCAGUCAGCACCAUCCAUUAGGUGAACCUUUUGUCGGCAGGUAGCCAAGGUUCGAUGAGGUUGUAUCCGCGUCGUUUGCGAGCUUGACCUAGCCGAAACGGACAUAAGCGAGUCGGAGUCAGCCAGACGAUCUUAGAACGCGAGGGGUCUCAUUUUUCCUCGAUGGACGCACCAGCUGCGAGCCGAGCGAAGCCGGCGAAACCCUCGACGAGUAGCGCCGCGGAGAAUGAGAAGAAGCAGCGGCAGCGCGUGAAGAAGGAGGUCUGUCAGGAGGUGAUCCGGAAACUCCAGGAAGCGAAUCAUUCGUGCUUCCAGCAGCCGAAUUUCGAGGAGGAGCUUCAGGCUCACUUCCUCCGCUUGCCGACCAGAUAUGCCCUAGACGUGAACACGGAGCGAGCGGAGGACGUGCUCACCCACAAGCGGCUCUUAGAGGAAGCUGCCAAGAUGCCGAGCCAGCCGGUGGUGCAUGUCCGAGCCGUAAGGGUCACGACGGCUCUGCCAGGAGUGGCUGCAGCCGAAGGUGCUGCAGGGGGUGCGACCAUGGAGACUGACGAAGCAGCAGCCGAAUUCAAGCGCCAAGGCUUGCUAGCGCCGCCAGCCUUCGGAUCCUCCCCCAAUCUGGACUCCCCAAUGCUGGCGGGAGGGGCAGCGGGAGGGGGGUUGGCGGAGGGUGCAGCUGUGCACGCGGAUGGGCAUUCAGACGGGAAAGGGUCAUCCAGCUCUCUCCUGCAGGUGCCCAUGCACGAAGUGACCUUCUCCACUGUCGACCGCCCCAAGCUGCUCAGUCAACUCUCAGCAGUGCUGGCAGACGUGGGUCUCAACAUCCGUGAGGCGCAUGUCUUCUCCACUUCUGAUGGGCUCUCGCUCGAUGUCUUUGUGGUUGACGGAUGGCCCUCUGAGGAUGUGGUGGAGAUGCGGGCAGCACUCAUGCGAGCAGCACAGCAAUCCGGGGAAAACGGUGCACCGUCAACCCUCCCAGAGGCAUCCGGCCAAUCAAACCCCGCCACGUCAGAAUCAACAGGCGUGCCCAUGUCCUCGUCAGCAGCCACGGCAGCAGCAGGACACGUGGCAGGCUCCCUUGUGUCAGGCGCAGACUCGCGUGUGCGCAUCCCAUCGGACGGGCGGGACGACUGGGAGAUUGACAACGAUCAGCUGAAGCUGCAGCACAAGAUUGCCUCUGGCUCGUUUGGCGACCUCUACCGCGGCACGUACUGCGGGCAGGACGUGGCAAUCAAGAUCCUCAAGGCAGAGCGGCUCAACGACUCGCUGCAGCAGGAAUUCGCCCAGGAGGUGUUCAUUAUGCGGAAAGUCCGUCACAAGAACGUGGUGCAAUUUAUUGGGGCCUGCACCAAGCCCCCCAACCUCUCCAUUGUCACAGAGUUCAUGGUGGGGGGGAGCGUGUACGACUACCUGCACAAGCACAGGGGCAGCAUGAAGCUGCCAAUGGUGCUGCGCGUGGGCAUGGACGUGGCGAAGGGCAUGGACUUCCUGCAUAAGAACAACAUCAUCCACCGGGACUUGAAAGCUGCCAACCUCCUCAUGGACGAGAACGAUGUGGUGAAAGUGGCGGACUUUGGAGUGGCGAGAGUGAAGGCAAACAGCGGCGUCAUGACAGCAGAGACAGGCACCUACCGCUGGAUGGCACCUGAGGUGAUUGAGCACCGGGCGUACGACCACAAGGCGGACAUAUUCAGCUUCGGCAUCACCAUGUGGGAGAUGCUGACAGGCAAGCUUCCCUACCCUGACCUCACUCCCCUGCAAGCUGCUGUCAGUGUGGUCCAACGGGGCCUGCGCCCCCCCAUUCCCAAGGGCACGCACCCGCGGCUGGCAGAUCUGUUUGAGCGCUGCUGGGCCACCAACCCCACCGACCGGCCCGAGUUCUCAGAGAUAAUCCGAGUCAUUGCAGAGAUAGCGCAGGAGCUGGAGGAUGAUGGAGACACGGAUCAACACAGACGAGAGAAGCGUGGAGGUUUUUUUGCGUCAUUCAAAAGAGCAGGAGCUGGGGCUAGGUGAUAGGAUUCUCCAGGAGGUUGUAUUGAAGCUGCUGCCUUCACUUUCCCAGAAACUACAUCAACAGAAGGUCUACCAUUGAAGUAUUUCUUUGCGUAUUUGGCGCAUAUCAAUGGCAGGCUUUACGUUCUCCUAUCGGAGGCAACAAACAAAUGAAGUUUGGCACUAGUCACACACAGGUUGCAUGAUUUACCACACCCCUAUACCGUUUUUCGCUUUCCCAUUUUUCGAACUGUACUUAUGCAAGAACACUCUCAUCUGUUCACACGUCUGUCUACAAUGGAUACACUGAAGUCGCU